CCUUCCCUCUGUCCACCAUCCAGUUACCCAGAGUGGCUCCUGUGACGUAUUGGUUUUCUGCUCGGCUUCCUCCUUUAAGCGACGCAGCACACUGCUGGCAGUGUUCGUCUUUCCUCCCUCCCUGCCUGCACACAAAGCAGCUGGCUGUUUUAUUGGCCUUCUAACAGGAUCAGCUGAAUCCAGGCCCUUUAUUGUGCAGUCUGUGGUGUUAGCGAGAGAGGCAGAGAAAAGACCUGGUACGACUGCACAACUUGACUUCCUAAAUUCCACUAGGGUCCUUUAGAGGGGAAGGGAAGCAUGAAGAAGGCCGCCUUUGGGAUGCGUGCGCUGGUGGAGCAGAGGCGUGAGCCCUCCUCUUUGGGUUUCCUCUCCCGGACAGUUCAAAUGUGGGCUCUCUCAUCAGGAGGCUGUUCAGAGUUGCAUCAAUGUAACAUGACAGGCUAAUUUUAGAAACAAGACAACAGAGGGGCAGAGUUGUGUGAAUGGGAGUGUAUCUGGCAUGAAAUGUACACAGAGGAGAGUAUUUGCUAAGUAAAUUAUAAAGCUGGUACAUGAUUUCAAUGAUUUAUUUUUUGGGGGGGGGCGUCCCUGUCAUCCAUAUGUUUUGUAAUCUAUUUAUGCUAUUUUUUCCCCUAAGAAUUGAAAAUAGUAUUUUUUUUUCAGGAUGAUUAGGCUACUUUUAUUUGGAGUACUGUAGUAGUAGAUAAGGCAUAGUAGGUGGUGUGUAUGCUUGUUAAAUUCAUUAUUGCAUUUGCUCUUUCAUGCCCUAUAAAAUAUUGAUCAGUUGGUCAAUAAUUUAGUAUACUCUAUUACUCCAUAAUGGAGUGCUUAUGUUCAUUGUGGUCACAGUUGUAUAGUUUUAUUUAACAUGUAUUUUCUAUGACUGUUUGCAAUUCACAAGAUGUAAUACUCUGAUAGUUGAGGACAUUGAUGAAGAGAAUGUGUGUACUCUGAAAGGAGGGCAUGAACACUGAGCAGUCGAGAUUAUGCACACACAGUUGUGUUCAAGAUGGGGGGUUUACUCAAAUUGGAGAGUUCACCAAACUAUGAUGUUUGCAAGCCUCAGCUAAAAAGCAUGCCAGCCUAUCAUGUCCGGUAUUGAAACAGAACAUUUGGUAUAACCAAAUAUUUAUGGUGAAACUAUGGACUUCGAAGUUCGAGGGGAUCUUCGAGUGAGGUUGAGUGAUUGUACGAAAAGUCCUGCGCAGCGACGCUCAAGUACUUGAUGGGCCAUGGCACGAGAGUGGGGUAGUUAGCAUUCUACCCUGGACAGCGGCAGAUUAUUGCGCAAGCGCACCCUAUUCAGUGUGCAUCAAUACCGUGUGUGAGUUCAAGAGAGGGAUUCGAGAAAGCCUUUGAUAUGGUUGCAGACAUGGAUGGAGGAAAGCGGAAAAGAAGUAUCUGCUCACGGCAAGAGCCGUUGGCUGCGCUGAAGAUCUUGAAAGAUGGGAACAACAAGCGUGACGAAAUCCCCGAUAGAGUGACUCUGAAAAAAGAAAUAGGACUUUUAAGCGCCUGUACAAUAAUCAUAGGGAACAUCAUAGGUUCUGGAAUCUUCAUCUCUCCUAAAGGGGUUCUAGAGCACUCGGGUUCAGUGGGUCUAGCCCUGAUUGUGUGGAUACUAGGGGGAUGUAUAGCUGCCCUGGGCUCCCUCUGCUAUGCUGAGCUGGGGGUCACCAUCCCCAAGUCAGGGGGGGACUACUCUUACGUCACAGAAAUAUUUGGAGGCCUUGUUGGGUUCCUUCUGCUGUGGAGUGCAGUGCUCAUCAUGUACCCUACCACCCUGGCUGUCAUCGCCCUGACCUUUUCUAACUAUGUUCUACAGCCUGUCUUCCCAGACUGUGUCCCUCCCUACAUGGCCACACGCUUGCUGUCAACAGUCUGUCUAUUGUUCCUGACCUGGGUGAACUGUUCCAGUGUACGUCUGGCCACCAGGAUCCAGGAUGUGUUCACGGUGGGGAAGCUGGCGGCCCUGGGUCUCAUCAUAGUGGUCGGCCUGGUGCAGAUCUGCAAGGGUAACUACGAGGGACUGACGCCUCAGGUGGCCUUUGAGUUCAGCACGACUCCCUCGGUUGGGCAGAUUGCUCUGGCUUUCCUUCAGGCCUCAUUCGCCUUCAGUGGAUGGAACUUCCUGAACUAUGUCACAGAGGAAGUGGUUGAACCGCGACGGAACCUACCUCGUGCCAUUUACAUCUCUAUCCCAUUGGUGACCUUUGUGUACACGCUCACCAACAUCGCCUACUUCUCCGCCAUGUCACCCGAGGAGCUGCUGUCAUCCAAUGCUGUGGCUGUUACAUUUGGAGAGAAGCUGCUGGGGAUGUUCUCUGUCAUUAUGCCCAUCUCUGUAGCCUUGUCUACGUUUGGAGGCAUCAACGGCUACCUCUUCACAUCUUCUAGAUUGUGUUUCUCUGGGGCCAGAGAGGGACAUCUACCCAGCCUGCUGGCUAUGAUCCACUUUAAGAACUGCACCCCUAUCCCCGCUCUCCUUUGCUGCUGUACUGCCACCAUUGUAAUCCUGUGUAUAGGAGAGACACACAACCUGAUCAACUAUGUGUCCUUCAUCAACUACCUCUCCUAUGGAGUCACCAUCGCAGGCCUGCUCUAUUACCGAUGGAAGAAGCCCAAACUUUACAGACCAAUUAAGGUAAACCUACUUGUUCCUAUCACCUACCUGAUGUUCUGGGCCCUGUUACUGGGCUUCAGCCUGUACUCUGAGCCUGUAGUCUGUGGUGUUGGGCUGGUCAUCAUGCUCACUGGUGUACCAGUCUACUUCCUGGGGGUGCACUGGAAAGCCAAACCAAAGUGUAUCUAUGACUUCAUCGAGUCCGCGACCUACGUGGCACAGAGGCUGUGUUUCGUGGUCUUCCCUCAGUUCGACCCCAUCGAGAUCAGUCCAAUCGAAGAAUGGCCAGACAAAUCUUCUGACACUCUAUCUAGGAAGUCUUAAACUCUUUUUGCCUUCUGAAGUAUUUUUCUUUUUGUAUAUUCUGUCACUGUAUGAGUACAGACACGGUCCGUUCCUUAUAGUGGAGCCCCUUGUCUGGUCUCUGGUAACCUCAGACUCAUAUCCAUUUCUUUACAGCUAGGUGGAAUUGCCUGCGUUUUGAUACAUGGGCCACUUGCAAAAAAAAUGUAUUCUCUUUUUGUACUAAGUCGUCAAGGACAACAAGCUAAUGGCAACAGUAUCACAUUUUGAAACAGACUUCAUAUGCCCUAAGGAAGUAUUUGAGCCUUUGGGUUUUAAUUGACCUAAGAUUUACUGUGCAUCAUUGUGCCUUUUAGGGGAAAUUGUGUACCUUGUUAACAAAAAUGUACCUUACCUAUUAUUUGAAUUUGGAAUUUGCUUUGCUUUGUGUGUUCCUUAUGAGAAUUUGAAAAGCACUGUGGUCUUCCAUGUUCUGCUUCUUGACAGUUGUUAAUUUGCCACAUGUCAUGACUUCCUCAGAUUUGUGAACAUGUUCAAAACUAUCUGAACAAAGACCUUAGAGCCUUUGACUGGAAUCCUUUGGAAAUUAAUCUCUUUAGCCAGCAACAGCCAACAACAUAGAUGUGUUCUGAUUGUAUACUGCUGAAUGAUAGAUGGUUGUAGUUGAUAGUUGAGUGUCACUAUGUUUUUACAGUAAUUAGUUUGUUUAACUUUUGCCAUUGCCUUUAACACUACUGAUUAUAUUUCAUAUACUGUAAAUACACGACAACUGUAAUGUUCACAGCUGACAUAAUGACCCAAACACCAAUUUAUACCAGUGUUAUGUGGAAGUAAAACUGCUCACAAAAGCUUGCUGGACUUUUCUAAUGCUUGUUUCUAAACUAAGAUUCUAAUAUCAAGUUAACUUAUUUUAUUUUCUAUUCUCUACCACACUUAAAACUAAAUGCUGUGCUGGUAACCUGACAAAAACAUACAAAAGGCCUUUGCUUUUCCUGUGGUGCACUGUACUGCCAUUCCAUUUAUUUUCCCUAAACAGAGCUCUUUAACUGAUAUUGUGCUCUUCAUAUGACCAGGCCCUUGACUGUUACUGUAAAACAAAAAAGAUGAUAUGUUGCAUUUCUUUUGAAAUUAACAUACAUUUUAAGUAGCCUAUAUUUAUAGAUAUAUACUGUAUUGUAGUAGAUAUAUGGAUACUGUACUUGAUGCCACACAUUACUCAAGGAACAUAUUUAAUGCCAAUAACCAGAUAAUGAUGUAGGUUUAGGAUAUCAUUAUGUAGUUUGAUAGUACUACGUUAGUCUGAGUUGUUUCUCCAACAGCUGCCAUGAUCAUUAAGCCAGUCAGGUAAAACACAGUGCUUAUGCAAGAUUUAUUACUACUUUAUAUCCAUUUUAGUUCAGAUUUCUAGAGCAGUCUUGAUAUGAAGAGCUUUUACACUGUAAAUUAUUUGUAAAGCAUCAGGUGUUUACAAUGGGUUCAGUACUUGGAAUGUUAACUGGAAUGUAUUUUAGUGCACUUUUUUGUAAAUGAGAAAAUGACAAUAAUACCACAAUAAAUCAAAUACAUAUCGGAAAUGAAUGACUUCAUGCUUUGU